AUGGCAUGGCAUCAAGAGGGACUCCCAGGAAUGGGCCAAGACCUGCAUCGCAAGUCAAAGCAGCAAGACAGGAAGUCACACCGAAUUGGGAGUAGGCACCUUUCCUCAGCCCAAACGGAGAUUCGGGCAUAUACAUGUGGAUGUCGUCGGCCCCCUUCCGACGGUGCCAGGUACCUCCUGAUGGUGAUUGACCAGUCCACCAGGUGGCCAGAAACCACCCCGAUGUUGGAAGACACUGCAGAAAUCUGCGCCGAAGUCCUCCUCUCCAGCUGGGUCAGCUGCUUUGGAGUGCCAGACAAUGUCACAACAGAUCGGGGAACCGCUUUCACCUCAGAGCUCUGGACCGCCCUGGCACGCCUGAUGGGUGAAGAACACCACACCACCAUAGCUUACAAUCUUGCUGCAAAUGGCAUGGUGGAGAGGACCCACCACUUCCUUAAGGCCUCCCUGAUGGCACGCUGCACUGGCCCCAACUGGAAGGCACAACUGCCUUGGGUCCUCCUCGGCCUCCGCACUGCCCCAAGAGCCAACAGUGGACCAUCACCUACGGAGAUGGUCUUCAGAGACACACUGACAGUGCCAGGAGAAUUCUUCUUGGUCGACAGCUUAGACGAGGAUGUCCCCUUGUCAAGACUCUAG